UGUGAGUGAGUAAUUCCGGGAAGCGCUCCGUACAACUUCGCGCGGCCUCCCGCGCCGCCCGCCCCACAACAAAACUCGGCGCGUCGCUUCGGGAGCCGGGAGCCGGGCUCGGAGCAGCCGGCGGUCAGGACCGGAGGGGAGACGCACCGGGGAGCGGGCUGGGACGGCAGCUCGGACGGCAGCGAGACCCGCGCGUGCCAGGGGCGCCAGGAGGAGCGGGCCCGAGGAGGGGUCUCAGCCCAGAGGGUACCUUCUGCAAACAUGUCUGUGGAUCCCUUAUCCAGCAAAGCCCUGAAGAUCAAGCGUGAGCUGAGCGAGAACACGCCGCACCUGUCCGACGAGGCGCUGAUGGGGCUGUCGGUGCGCGAGCUGAACCGGCACCUGCGCGGGCUCUCCGCCGAGGAGGUGACGCGGCUCAAGCAGCGGCGCCGCACGCUCAAGAACCGCGGCUACGCGGCCAGCUGCCGCGUGAAGCGCGUGUGCCAGAAGGAGGAGCUGCAGAAGCAGAAGUCGGAGCUGGAGCGCGAGGUGGACAAGCUGGCGCGCGAGAACGCGGCCAUGCGCCUGGAGCUCGACGCGCUGCGCGGCAAGUGCGAGGCGCUGCAGGGCUUCGCGCGCUCCGUCGCGGCCUCCCGGGGGCCCACGGCGCUCGUGGCGCCCGCCAGCGUCAUCACCAUCGUCAAGUCGGCUCGGAGCCCGGCCCCCGGCCCCGCCCCGGGGCCCCCCCCCGCGCCCGCCCCCGCUCCCUGCUCCUAGUGCCCGCCGCGCCCCCCGCCCCCCACCACCACCCAUUCCCCAAACCACUCCCCUCCGACCCCGCUCCCUUCCCCAAGUGCCUGAGCACGACCUGUCCCAGGUGCCAUUUCUCCGCAGCCCCAGCGCCUGUGGUUAACACAGGUGCUCUCCCUGGAGCCUGUCUUCCUUGUGCCGCCCCUGGACCUGGGGCCUAGUAUCCCCGGGAAGGGGCAACUUGGGUGAGAUGGGGGCAGGGUGGGUCAAGGUCUCCCUGGGCUGAAAGCCCCGCCUUCCUAGAUUGGGAGGAGGGAUACAGAGCGAAUUAGACCAGAGAAGAGUCGUCGAGGACAAGAGGGCCUCCCCACGUUGGGGAAACUGUUCAGAUUGUGCCGGUGGCCCCUGCCCGUCCUGGGCAGCCCUAGGUUCGGCCCUGUAUGUCUUGUGGGGCUGCCCAGCUGGGGAGCCGGUGCCCCCCCCCCCCCCCUGCUUUGGGCCUGGGGAAGUCGCCUGCCCUGUUAGCAGACGGAAACGGGCCUCCCCUGGACGGGCCACCUGUGCUUAGUGGGUGAGCUGAACCUUACAGCCAGGUCCCCCCACUGCUGUCCUGAGAUUCCAGCCAUGGCCAGGGGGGCCGUGGACAGGGACUGGGAGGGGAGGCAGGGCUGCCGUGGCCUGGGAGACGGCUGUCUGUGAGUCAAGGUAAGAGAAGUAGAAGGAGAGAGAAGGGGAUGUAGAUGGAAGAGAGGGAAGGGGCUGGCUAGCCAAUUAGCAAGGGGACGGAGGAGGCAGGUGGGGAGAUGAGAGGACAGGUCCCGCCAUCUUGCAGCCUGGGGUGGGGGUCCUCAAAAGGGACAGUCCCACCUCUUCCCUGUGACUGUCCCCCCUGGGGUGGGGGCUGGCCACGGCCAUUGAUUGUUCUGGGAAGCCCAGCGCCCCCUCACACACUGUACACAGCUGCCCCCGCUGUUAUUUAUUGCACGAGUCUAAGUUAUUCUCUCCAGCCGGAGCCCGAGCGCCCACUCCCUGGGAAACGUGGCGUGUGGCCCUGCGCUGGACUUUAUAUUUUAUAUCUGCAAAUAAAUCACAUUUUAUCUUAUAUUUAGGGAAAGCCGGAUGGCAACAACCAAAAAAAUGUUUUUAAAAAAUUGCCCCGGCCUCCAGAAUUUAUUUAUUUUCUGACUUACAGUAAGCGAGUUAUCCGCCUUCUGUAUUUUGUAGACUUUCUGAAUAAAGUCAAGUUCUCUUUUUCCACAGUGAAGAAGUGCGUGUCCUGA